UUUGCCUCCUCCAAGAUGGCCGGCAAUGGGCUGAUAGUGGAGGGCAGAGUGAGUUUGCUGAGUUUCUUGCUCGGGGUGUCGGUCAUCUGGCUGCCGUUCAUCACCAGCAGGUACACGGAGCCGGGGGAGACUCUGCUGGGCAGCCCGCCGGGGAGGAUAACGCUGCUCGUGUUUGUAGCCCUUGUGAACGGGAUCCUACUGCUGCUCUACCGGGCUCAUCUCUACCAGGUCGCCAUCCGAGCUGCCUUAUUAGGCUUUGCGUUUGGUUGUGGCUUAUUGGUGAGCAUCACCCAGUCACCAUGGAGGCACUUUGGGUGGUACAUGUGCUCGCUCUCAUUCUUCCACUACUCCGAAUAUUUAAUAACUGCGUUGAACAACCCUAAGAGCCUGUCUCUGGACUCCUUCCUGCUGAACCACAGUCUGGAAUAUACACUGGCCGCCAUCUCCUCCUGGGUAGAAUUCGCUAUAGAGCAAACCAUUUAUCCAGAAAUGAAGCAGAUCACGUGGCUGAGCGUCAUCGGGCUGUUCAUGGUUCUCUUCGGGGAGGCCCUGAGGAAAUCUGCCAUGCUCACAGCCGGAUCCAAUUUCAAUCACAUUGUACAAAAUGAGAAAUCUGAAACGCACACUCUGGUGACCAGUGGUGUUUACGCCUGGUUCAGGCACCCGUCCUAUGUAGGCUGGUUCUACUGGAGCAUUGGGACCCAGGUUCUGCUGUGUAAUCCAGUCUGCCUAUUUGGCUACACUCUGGCAUCCUGGAGGUUUUUUCGUGAGCGAGUCGAGGAGGAGGAAUUUUCGCUAAUUCACUUCUUUGGGCAGGAGUACGUAGAUUAUAAGAGGAAUGUUCCCACAGGCUUGCCGUUUAUAGGCGGAGUCAAGGUGGAGCCAUAAGGUGGCGGUACAGCACAUGGUGACGCACUUCCUGCACUGAGGAUUCACGUGGCAGCUUCUCUCCUAGAGACCAGCACAUGAGGCAGAGAACGAUUAGAAGCCGAACUUACAGUCCUUUUCUUUAAAUCGUGAGGAUUCAUUUAAGGGCUAUGAAGAUUCAGUCCACAUGGAGCAGAUUUAUUUUAUUUUUGGGAGGGGGGGUUCGAACUUUAAUGGUCUGAAUAGUCCUUUCUGGAAUCCUAUAUAAUACAGGGAGGGGUAACAACUUUUUUUUUUUUUUACAGAACAUUUUAUAUAUAAACUAUUUAAAGGACAUUGGUCUGUAUGAAUGAAACUCAUUCUUCUAUCUAGAUCAUUCAUAUGCAUGGACGUUACACGUCAGCUCUACAGGCACAAGUGACCACGCCUCAGUCCGGGGGACGUGGCCGACACGAUGCACCCAUGGCUCUUCACGUCUAGUGGCCAUUCUGUGCACUGUCUAUAUACAUCCCUCAGACCUGAACCUAGCGUAGACCUGGUGUAACUCUUCUCUAAGCGAAAAACAGGUUGUGUUCAAUUAUUGCAUAAUAUCACAUUUGGAUUGGA